AUGGCCCAUGAAGUGGACCUGGAGUCCUUCAAGGAGUUAGAACGGGAGGUCAUUCUCAGGGUCCUCUACCGAGAUCAGGCUGUUCAAAGCAUGGAAGAGGAAAGGGUCCGGAAACUGAAAACACACCUGCAGCAUCUUCGGUGGAAAGGGGCAAAGAGCUCAAGCCGGGAAUACAGGGAGAAGUGCUGUGCACGCUGCCAGCGGGCUCUGGGCCUGCUGCUGAACCGCGGAGCUGUGUGCCAGGGCUGCAGCUACCGCGUGUGCUCCGAGUGCCGCGUAUUCCUGCGGAGGACUCACACGUGGAAGUGCACGGUGUGCUUUGAAGACAGAAAUGUGAAAACCAAAACUGGAGAAUGGUUCUUUGAGGAACGAGCUAGGAAAUUCCCAGCUGAAGGCAAGCACGAGACCGCUGGGGCGAAGCUCCUGCAAUCUUAUCAGAGGCUGAGCAAGAUCUCUGUGGUCCCUCCUACGCCACCACCUCUCAGUGAGAGUCAGAGCCAUGGCAGCCCUGGCAGGUUACAGGAACUUGGUCACUUCAGAGGAUUUAACAAGUCCGUGGAGAACUUGUUUCUGUCAGUCACCACCCAGAUGAAAAAACUCUCCAAGUCCCAGAAUGACAUGACUUCUGAGAAGCAUCUUCUGGCUAUGGAUCCCAGGCAGUGUGUGGUCCACACAGAGAGGCGGAGCCAGUCAGACACAGCUGUCAAUGUCACCUCCAGGAAGGUCAGCUCACCCGAUAUUCUGAAAUCGUUCCAUCAAGAAGAUCCCAAAGACCCUCCCAGCCCUGUUUUGAAGCAAGACACUCUCCCAUCCAGUCCAACACGCAGCGCUGUCUUCUCUGGAGGCCUGAGACAUGGAAGCUUAAUUAGCAUUAACAGCACCUGCACGGAGAUGGGUAAUUUUGACAACGCUAAUGUCACUGGAGAAAUAGAAUUUGCCAUUCAUUACUGCUAUCAAAGCCGUUCUUUAGAAAUACACAUCAAGACCUGUAAGAACCUGGCCUACGGAGAGGAGAAGAAGAGGAAGUGCAACCCGUAUGUCAAGACCCACCUGCUGCCAGACAAGUCCUCCCAGGGAAAACGCAAGACACAAGUCCAGAAGAACACUCUGGACCCGACUUUUGAGGAAACCUUGAAGUAUCAGGUCGACCUCCCCCAGCUGGUGACCCGGAGGCUGCAGGUCUCUGUGUGGCACCUGGGCACCCUUGCCCGGAGGGUGUUCCUCGGAGAAGUGAUCCUUCCUCUGGCCACAUGGGACUUUGAGGACAGUUCAACACAGAAUGCACGAUGGUAUCCACUUCGGGCCAAGGCUGAGAAACAUGAAGAUAAUAUUCCUCAGAACAAUGGAGAACUUGCUGUUCGGGCCAAGCUGGUCCUUCCUGCAGGACCAAGAAAGCUCCAGGAGGCCCGAGAAGGGACAGAAGGUCAGUUAUCGCUUAAUGGUCAACUUUGUUUGGUUGUGCUGGGAGCCAAAAAUUUACCCGUGCGCUCAGAUGGUACCUUAAACUCAUUUGUUAAGGGCUGUCUCACUCUGCCAGACCAGCAGAAACUGCGUGUGAAGUCCCCAGUGUUGAAGAAGCAGGCUUGUCCCCAAUGGAAACACUCCUUCGUGUUCAAUGGUGUCAGCAGCUCCCAGCUGAGGCAGUCCAGCUUGGAGCUGACUGUCUGGGACCAGGCCAUCUUUGGUAUGAACGACCGCCUGCUUGGGGGAGCCAGGCUUGGUUCAAAGGGAGGUGCUGCGGGUUGUACGGACUCAUGUUCACAGUCCAAGCUUCAGUGGCAGAAAGUUCUGUCCAGUCCCAACUUAUGGACAGACAUGACCCUGGUCCUGCACUGAGAUUGAGGUGACUGCCUACCCGCAGAGGUCGACGGGAUGUGAGAUUGCCGCAGAAUCAGACCCACCGGACCACCAGUAACUGACUGUAGUUCUGGUGUGUUGCUAGAGAACAGAACAAAGACUGCUCCCUACCCAGCC